AAUCACAAUCCCUUUCUGCAUGUUAUACAGCAAGGCUGAAGGGUGACAGUUAGCUCCCGAUGACAAAUUCGUUUGGCCGAGGGAUGUAUAGAUCCUAUACAACUUCAUAUAACUAUGGUCCCGAUAGCAAACUGUAUCGGCCUCAGUCACACACCACUCGGGCACCAUGUCUCUUCCGUUGAUGAAUCCGGACGACAAACCUUCCACUCCUCCUUCAUCUGCCCUGAUGGUCGAUUCGGAUGCAUCCGAGACGGAGAAGCAGCAGCCCGACACGGCGCCCCCGCCGCCUCCAGAUAGCGGAUUGACUGCCUGGCUGCAAGUGCUGGGAGCGUUUUUCCUAUUCUUCAAUUCAUGGGGCAUUCUCAACGCUUUUGGACCCUUCCAAAGCUACUACCAAUCAACCCUCAUUCCCAACGACGACUCCUCGCAAAUCACAUGGAUCGGCACCUUCCAAGGCUUUAUCCUAUUCCUGGUAGGCGUGAUUGUCGGCCCCAUCUUCGACAAGGGAUACCUGCGCAGUCUUGUCGCGAUCGGGACAUUCAUGGUAGUAUUCGGCAUGAUGAUGACUUCGCUCGCGACCAAAUACUACCAGCUCUUCCUAGCACAAGGCGUCACGGUAGGAAUCGGCUGCGCCUUUCUCUUCCUCCCCAGCAUCGCCAUUGUGGCCACGUACUUCACCUCCCGCCGCGCCGUCGCCACGGGCAUCACCGCGUCCGGCGGCAGUAUCGGCGCCGUGAUCUACCCGAUCAUGUUCCAUAAAUUGAUCGACAAGGUCGGGUUUGGCUGGACGACGCGCAUCAUCGGGUUUGUCGCUCUCGCUGGCCUCAUCGUGCCCUUGGUCGUCUUGAAACGUCGUCUGCCUCCGCCUGCGCAAAGCCGCUCUCUCAUCGACUUCGCGGCUCUCAAAGAACCCCCGUUCCUUGUCUUCAGCUUCGGACUGUUCUUCAGCUUCGUGGGCCUUUACUUCCCCUUCUUCUACCUGCAGAGUUACUUCACCUAUUACCUCCACAACGACAGCAGUCUCGCCUUUUACAUCUUCUCCGUCCUCAACGCCACCUCCGUCGUGGGCCGCAUCACCCCUGGAAUCCUCGCGGAUCGCUUCGGCGGCCUGAACACACUCAUUCCCAUUAGCAUCCUCGCCACCAUCCUCGGGUACGUCUGGUUAGCGGUCGACAACGUAGGCGGAACUGUGGUCUUCACCUGUCUGUAUGGCUUCGCUUCGGGGGCCAUUGUCUCCCUCCCGCCAUCCAUUGUCACCCGCAUGUCUCCAAAUAUGGGCGUGGUCGGGACCCGUCUCGGGAUGAUCUUCAUGUUCGCCGGAUGUGGGUUUCUCAUCGGGACCCCGUGCGCCUCGCUCUUGUUGGAUCUGGAGACUGGAGAGUUUUGGAAGGGUCAGGUGUUUACGGCGACGUUUUUGGCAGCGGGGGCGAUCUGCUUUGCUUUGGUGCGCGCGAUGUUGUGGCGGGGGAAUAUAGGGUGGAAGAUUUGAGAUCUGAUGUGAGGCAUUAGAGGUGUUUCCGAUGUGCUGGAAGCACGGAUUUUGGUUGUAGAUCAGCAUAUAGGACUGGAUGUUGCAUAUUGGCGUCUUGUGUUCGUUGUUCUUUCUUGAUCAAGUGUGAUAUGUGAUCAUGCGUGCAUCGUCAACAAGUGAACUGUCCUAUUCGAACAGUCAGUUGUUCCCAAUUAUCCAA